AUGAAACAUCCUCUUCCUUGGAAGACAUUAGCUAAUGAUGCUGAUCCCGAUUUGGGAACUUCUCGAAAGACCGGCCAUGGUAAAGAACUUGAACGCAUUGCACCAGCCUAUGCAGAAAUCGAAUGGGCACACAGAAAACAUCUAGGUACAGGUUCCAGUGCUGAAGCUAAUCGUUUUCGGCAAAAAGUAGGGAUCGCUUUAAAAGAAAAUAACAGCCCUAGUAACGCACUGCAACUUAGUUUACUAGGAUACGCUCAUGUACCAGGCUAUCGUGACGCUGUAAAAACUGCAGAUGACAUGAUAGCUAAUGAUUCAUAUCUUAAUAUGAUAACCAAAAUAGAUUCCGUAUCUUAUUUCUGUCUAUUUUUUUCUAUUGAGAGUAUAUUGUUGUGA